AUGGAAGACCUUUCUGAUAAAGUGACAUUUAAGCAGAGAGCUGACAAAAAUAAGGGAGAGAACCAUGCAUAUGUUUCGGGGAGAGUCCUCCAGGCAGAGGGGACAGUAACUGAAAACAAAAUAGCUAAAUGCACCAAGAAAGUCAGAAUCAUCAGUAAAUAUGGCACCCAUUAUGGCACCUCCCUCAGGAAAAUGGUAAAGAGAAUUGAGAUCAUCCAGCAUGUUGAGUAUACUUGCUCCUUCUGUGGCAAAACCAAGAUGAAGAGGAGAGCAGUGGGGAUCUGGCACUGUGACUCCUCCAUGAAAAUGGUCGAUGGUUGUGCCUGGACCUACAAUACCACUUCUGCUGUCACAAUAAAGUCUGCCAUCAGAAGACCGAAGGAAUUGAAAGACCAGUAGAAGCUCCACAAUU